AUGGUGCGGAUCCCUCCGCCGGGCCGUCCCCCGCCGGGCCGUCCCCCGCCGGGCCCCGCCGGGCCGUCCCCCGCCGGGCCCCGCCGGGCCGUCCUCCGCCGGGCCGUUCCCCCCCGCCGGGCCGUCCCCCGCCGGGCCGUCCUCCGCCGGGCCGUCCCCCACCGGGCCGUCGUCCGCCAGGCCGUCCGCCGUCGGGCGCCGUCGGGCGCCGUCGGGCGGGCGGGCGCGGGCCGUCGGGCGCCGGGCCGUCCGCCGUCGGGCGCCGUCGGGCGGGCGGGCGGGCGCGGGCCGGGCCGUCCGCCGUCGGGCGCCGUCGGGCAGGCGGGCGGGCGGGCGCGGGCCGUCGUCCGCCGUCGGGCCGUCCGCCGUCGGGCCGGGCGCCGUCGGGCGGGCGGGCGGGCGGGCGCGGGCCGUCGUCCGCCGUCGGGCCGUCCGCCGUCGGGCCGGGCGCCGUCGGGCGGGCGGGCGCGGGCGCGGGCCGUCGUCCGCCGUCGGGCCGUCCGCCGUCGGGCCGGGCGCCGUCGGGCGGGCGGGCGCGGGCGCGGGCCGUCGGGCGCCGUCGGGCCGGGCGCCGUCGGGCCGGGCGCCGUCGGGCGGGCGGGCGCGGGCGCGGGCCGUCGGGCGCCGUCGGGCCGGGCGCCGUCGGGCCGGGCGCCGUCGGGCGGGCGGGCGCGGGCGCGGGCCGUCGGGCGCCGUCGGGCCGGGCGCCGUCGGGCCGGGCGCCGUCGGGCGGGCGGGCGCGGGCGCGGGCCGUCGGGCGCCGUCGGGCCGGGCGCCGUCGGGCCGGGCGCCGUCGGGCGGGCGGGCGCGGGCGCGGGCCGUCGGGCGCCGUCGGGCCGGGCGCCGUCGGGCGGGCGGGCGCGGGCGCGGGCCGUCGGGCGCCGUCGGGCCGGGCGCCGUCGGGCCGGGCGCCGUCGGGCGGGCGGGCGCGGGCGCGGGCCGUCGGGCGCCGUCGGGCCGGGCGCCGUCGGGCCGGGCGCCGUCGGGCGGGCGGGCGCGGGCGCGGGCCGUCGGGCGCCGUCGGGCCGGGCGCCGUCGGGCCGGGCGCCGUCGGGCGGGCGGGCGCGGGCGCGGGCCGUCGGGCGCCGUCGGGCGCCGUCGGGCCGGGCGCCGUCGGGCCGGGCGCCGUCGGGCGGGCGGGCGCGGGCGCGGGCCGUCGGGCGCCGUCGGGCGCCGUCGGGCGCCGUCGGGCCGGGCGCCGUCGGGCCGGGCGCCGUCGGGCGGGCGGGCGCGGGCGCGGGCCGUCGGGCGCCGUCGGGCCGGGCGCCGUCGGGCCGGGCGCCGUCGGGCGGGCGGGCGCGGGCGCGGGCCGUCGGGCGCCGUCGGGCCGGGCGCCGUCGGGCCGGGCGCCGUCGGGCGGGCGGGCGCGGGCGCGGGCCGUCGGGCGCCGUCGGGCCGGGCGCCGUCGGGCCGGGCGCCGUCGGGCGGGCGGGCGCGGGCGCGGGCCGUCGGGCGCCGUCGGGCCGGGCGCCGUCGGGCCGGGCGCCGUCGGGCGGGCGGGCGCGGGCGCGGGCCGUCGGGCGCCGUCGGGCCGGGCGCCGUCGGGCCGGGCGCCGUCGGGCGCCGUCGGGCGGGCGGGCGCGGGCGCGGGCCGUCGGGCGCCGUCGGGCCGGGCGCCGUCGGGCCGGGCGCCGUCGGGCGCCGUCGGGCGGGCGGGCGCGGGCGCGGGCCGUCGGGCGCCGUCGGGCCGGGCGCCGUCGGGCGCCGUCGGGCCGGGCGCCGUCGGGCGGGCGGGCGCGGGCGCGGGCCGUCGGGCGCCGUCGGGCCGGGCGCCGUCGGGCCGGGCGCCGUCGGGCGGGCGGGCGCGGGCGCGGGCCGUCGGGCGCCGUCGGGCCGGGCGCCGUCGGGCGGGCGGGCGCGGGCGCGGGCGCGGGCCGUCGGGCGCCGUCGGGCCGGGCGCCGUCGGGCCGGGCGCCGUCGGGCGCCGUCGGGCGGGCGGGCGCGGGCGCGGGCCGUCGGGCGCCGUCGGGCCGGGCGCCGUCGGGCCGGGCGCCGUCGGGCGCCGUCGGGCGGGCGGGCGCGGGCGCGGGCCGUCGGGCGCCGUCGGGCCGGGCGCCGUCGGGCCGGGCGCCGUCGGGCGCCGUCGGGCGGGCGGGCGCGGGCGCGGGCCGUCGGGCGCCGUCGGGCCGGGCGCCGUCGGGCCGGGCGCCGUCGGGCGCCGUCGGGCGGGCGGGCGCGGGCCGUCGGGCGCCGUCGGGCGCCGUCGGGCCGGGCGCCGUCGGGCGCCGUCGGGCGGGCGGGCGCGGGUGCGGGCCGUCGGGCGCCGUCGGGCCGGGCGCCGUCGGGCCGGGCGCCGUCGGGCGCCGUCGGGCGGGCGGGCGCGGGCGCGGGCCGUCGGGCGCCGUCGGGCCGGGCGCCGUCGGGCCGGGCGCCGUCGGGCGCCGUCGGGCGGGCGGGCGCGGGCGCGGGCCGACGUCCGCCGUCGGGCCGGGCGCCGUCGGGCGCCGUCGGGCGGGCGGGCGCGGGCGCGGGCCGACGUCCGCCGUCCGUCGGGCGCCGUCGGGCCGGGCGCCGUCGGGCGCCGUCGGGCGGGCGGGCGCGGGCGCGGGCCGACGUCCGUCGGGCGCCGUCGGGCCGGGCGCCGUCGGGCGCCGUCGGGCGGGCGGGCGCGGGCGCGGGCCGACGUCCGUCGGGCGCCGUCGGGCCGGGCGCCGUCGGGCGCCGUCGGGCGGGCGGGCGCGGGCGCGGGCCGACGUCCGUCGGGCGCCGUCGGGCCGGGCGCCGUCGGGCGGGCGGGCGCGGGCGCGGGCCGACGUCCGUCGGGCGCCGUCGGGCCGGGCGCCGUCGGGCGGGCGGGCGCGGGCGCGGGCCGACGUCCGUCGGGCGCCGUCGGGCCGGGAGCCGUCGGGCGCCGUCGGGCGGGCGGGCGCGGGCGCGGGCCGACGUCCGUCGGGCGCCGUCGGGCGGGCGGGCGCGGGCGCGGGCCGACGUCCGUCGGGCGCCGUCGGGCCGGGCGCCGUCGGGCGCCGUCGGGCGGGCGGGCGCGGGCCGUCGGGCGCCGUCGGGCGCCGUCGGGCGCCGUCGGGCGGGCGGGCGCGGGCCGUCGGGCGCCGUCGGGCGCCGUCGGGCGCCGUCGGGCGCCGUCGGGCGGGCGGGCGCGGGCCGUCGGGCGCCGUCGGGCGCCGUCGGGCGCCGUCGGGCGCCGUCGGGCGCCGUCGGGCGGGCGGGCGCGGGCCGUCGGGCGCCGUCGGGCGCCGUCGGGCGCCGUCGGGCGCCGUCGGGCGGGCGGGCGCGGGCCGUCGGGCGCCGUCGGGCGCCGUCGGGCGCCGUCGGGCGCCGUCGGGCGGGCGGGCGCGGGCCGUCGGGCGCCGUCGGGCGCCGUCGGGCGCCGUCGGGCGGGCGGGCGCGGGCCGUCGGGCGCCGUCGGGCGGGCGGGCGCGGGCCGACGUCCGUCGGGCGCCGUCGGGCGGGCGGGCGCGGGCCGACGUCCGUCGGGCGCCGUCGGGCGCCGUCGGGCGCCGUCGGGCGGGCGGGCGCGGGCCGUCCUCCGUCGGGCGCCGUCGGGCGCCGUCGGGCGGGCGGGCGCGGGCCGUCCUCCGUCGGGCGCCGUCGGGCGCCGUCGGGCGGGCGGGCGCGGGCCGUCCUCCGUCGGGCGCCCUCGGGCGCCGUCGGGCGGGCGGGCGCGGGCCGUCCUCCGUCGUCCGUCCGUCGAUGUGUCAGUGCGGCGAGCGGGAGUGCAAACCGUCAUUUCCAGUGUUGGCGCAACAAUCAUUGCAAAGAUGGGCGGGAAAGGGGGAUUCAGAGGGGAAUGCGGGAAUGGCAAGGGCGUUGGUGGUGGCGUCUGGGGUGGUGGCGAGGAGGAGGCAUGGGAGGGGUGGCGAGGGAAACCGUCCCCACCAACCGUCCCCGCAUGGAUGUGAGCAGGUGGCUGUGAGUGCAAACCGCAUGUCCAGUGUUGGCACAACAGUCAUUGCAAAGGUGGACGGGAAAGGGGGAUUCAGAGGGGAAUGCGGGAAUGGCAAGGGCGUUGGUGGUGGCGUCUGGGGUGGUGGCGAGGAGGAGGCAUGGGAGGGGCGGCCGUCUGGACCGCUCUGUUGCCCAGGCGGCCGGCAAGGGCCGCAAACUUACGUGCGCGGACCGUUCGUGUAUACCGGCACCACGUGCGCCAUGACCGUUACGCCCGGCGACCCCGUGAGCGGCAACCUUUCCCGUUGUCUGCUCCACGCGCUUUCCGCCUUCGUUUCCCCGCCACCUCAUCUCGGUUCUCCUUUCAUUGAGAUAUGCUUUUCCCCCCACCAUCCUCCCCCACUUCCCAACUGCAUACUUCCCUCACUGCCCCUUUCUCAGCUGCCGACAAUGUCAGUGCGGCGAGCGGGAGUGCAAACCGUCAUUACCAGCAUUGGCGCAACAGUCAUUGCGAAGGUGGGCGGGAAAGGGGGAUUCAAAGGGGAAUGCGGGAAUGGCAAGGGCGUUGGUGGUGGCGUCUGGGGUGGUGGCGAGGAGGAGGCAUGGGACGGGUGA